UGCCGUUGUGCGCCUAUGACAAUGCCACAUGUUCCAAUCCAAGACAAUGUCUUCCAUGAUCCCUCCAGGUCCACCAUUGAAAUCCCAUCCAUCCAUCAUCAUCUUCAGCAACAGCAAUAAAAACACCAGCAAGAAAAAGUAACAUCGUAGGUACUUGAAUUCUGGGUGGUUUUUUUUUUGUCGUGUAUGAGUACGGUUAUUGGUGGGUGGUUCCGUUGUUGGAGAGAUGAGAGUGGAAGAGAAUUAUGCGAACGCUUUGUGACGCCUGUGAAAGCGCCGUCGCCGUCGUGUUUUGCGCCGCCGAUGAGGCUGCUCUCUGCCGUUCCUGUGAUGAUAAGGUCCACUUGUGUAAUAAGCUUGCUAGUCGGCAUGUUCGUGUGGGUCUAGCUGCCCCCAGUGAUAUUCCUCGCUGUGACAUAUGUGAAAAUGCACCUGCUUUCUUUUACUGUGAGAUAGAUGGAACUUCACUCUGUUUGCAAUGUGAUAUGGCUGUUCAUGUUGGAGGUAAAAGAAUGCAUGGAAGAUAUCUGCUGUUCAGGCAGAGAGUUGAGUUUCCUGGGGAUAAACUUGAUCAGCUUGAUGACCCAGCUUCACAACAGACAGAUCCGGGUGAGACAAAAAGAGGACAAAGUCAGCCAGCUAACCUCAUUGUGGGAGAUAAUCAACAGAAUCACAGGGCCUCACCUGUUCCAGAUGGUGCAGUUGAUGGGCAUGCUACCAAAUUAAUUGAUUUGAACUUGAAGCCUCAACGAAUACAUGGACUACCCGAUAAUCAGUGAUGAUGAUGAACAACCUGGAAGCAUGAUUCAAUGGGUAUGCUGUAAGACGGUCCAAAAGGCGAGCGAGGUCCAUCUACACCUGUAUUUCCUUCCAGUAUGUUUUGGUGUUUUCGCUCUCUUCAUUCUGCUAAAGCCAGCAAUGUGCUUAUUGAGAGGCUUGAAGAAUAUUUUUUGUUUGGUAACAUAGCACAAUGGUUAGAAUAGUUGGAUGAUAGUCAUACCCUUACAUGGUUACAUCCAAAGAAAUAUAAUGUUGCAAUAUUUUGAUUGAAUCAUUGGAUGCAUGGUGAGAGUGUUUCAGAACUGUACCAUGACCUUGUAUUUGUAUAGCUUAGAGUUCCUGUUGUGGUGGGCAUCAUCCAAAAUUUUCAGCAUAAGAACAAAGAAUGUGUCUUUUAACUUCUUGAU